AGAGAGAGAAUUUAUUCACCUUCUUCUUUUAAGAUAAGAGGAGCAGAUAAGAAUCUAUUCACCUUCUUCUUUUUUUCUAUUCACCUUCUUUGUUAAGCUUUUGAGUUGAAUUCCAUUUUUUCUUUUCCUUGGAGGUUUCUCAUUGGUUUUCUCGAGAAUAUUAUCAUAUCUGUGGUUUAGGAGAAGAAGAUAAGACUUCAACUUUCUCAGAUUUGUUUGUCGAAUCUCUAAUGGAGCAAAGAAGAAGAAGAAGAAGAAGAAACAGAUACAGCAACACUCUCUCUCUGCUCUUACUCUUCUUCUUAGCCUUCACUUCAAGAACAACCACAAGCUCAAGCUGUCGGCGAAGAACUGUGAAACACUUAUCCACAACUCCUCCUCCUCCCUCAUCUACGCCACUCGCAUCCAGAAUCACUUCCAAGGUUAUCGUAGUCAGCAUCGUUUCAGGGGUUUUAACAGGGUUGCUCUCCGCCUUAGCGUUAGCUUUCUUGGUCCGUUGCAUUGUCAAGUACAUGAGACAGACGCCAAUCCUCAAAGGCCCUGUGGUGUUCUCCCCUAAGAUUACACCCAAGUCUCUCCACGCAGCUCUUGGUAACGGUAUCCAGUUGCUUGGCUCAGACCCUAAUGGCAAAUACCACAAGAUGGUGCUGGAUAACGGUCUGGUGAUUGCAGUGAAGAGACUAGGCUCGCUCGAAGGAAACGGCUCCCCAGAAGCAACAACAAGUAAGUCGGUUAAGAGAACGUUGCAGAAGGAACUUGAGCUUCUCGCUGGUUUAAGGCAUAGGAACCUUAUGAGUCUAAGAGCUUAUGUUCGCGAAUCCGAUGAGUUCUCUCUCGUCUAUGAUUACAUGCCGAAUGGUAGUCUUGAGGAUGUGAUGAGUAAGGUUAGAGGGAAUGAGGUAGAGCUCGGAUGGGAGGUUAGGCUGAGGAUUGCUGUUGGAAUCGUGAAAGGGCUUCAGUAUCUUCAUUUCAGCUGUGAGCAUCAGAUCCUUCAUUAUAACUUGAAACCUACGAAUGUCAUGCUGGAUUCUGAGUUUGAGCCUAGGCUUACUGAUUGCGGAUUGGCCAAGAUAAUGCCUGCUUCACACACAUCAUCAGUAGUAUCUUGCUACUCUGCUCCUGAGUCAUCUCAAAGUAACAGAUAUACAGAGAAAAGCGAUGUAUUUAGCUUUGGGAUGAUAUUGGGUGUUCUUUUGACUGGAAAAGACCCAACCCAGCCUUUCUGUGUAGAAGGUGCAAGUGGAGGCAGCUUAGGACUGUGGCUGAAGCAUUUGCAGCAAUCAGGGGAAGCACGAGAAGCGUUGGAUAAGAGUAUACUUGGGGAGGAAGUGGAGGAAGACGAGAUGUUAAUGGCUUUACGAAUCACCAUUGUCUGCCUUUCUGACUUUCCUGCAGACCGGCCUUCAAGUGAUGAGCUUGUCCACAUGCUUACACAACUGCACAGCUUUUAGCCUUAUGUUCUUGUAGCAAAACCUAUCCAAAACAUCUGUAGUCACAUCUCAAUGUAUCUCUUCUUCUCUUA